GUUUUCUAUUUACUCUCGUGGAAACGCCCUCCUGUCACACAAGCCGCCGUCUUUCUGCCUCUGUCGUCCCCCCACUUCGCCCCUCUCUCCCUGUCUCGUCCCGCCGCUUCGCCUCUCUCUCCCUGUCUCUGGUCGGCAGCCAAGUAGAAGUCUUAAUAGACAACAAGAUGUUUCUAGCCAAGAGACUCAUUGGAGGCAUCAUGGAUGUCGUAAGCAACAUUGACCCAAGUCAGUUUGUACCUUCAGAUCCUCCUCCACCUCGUAGACCCCUGGCCUACGCUGAAGCUGAUGAGAAUGACGAGGAGAAACAGUUCCGGAAAGUCUUCCAUCACCUGGCCGGCGAUGAUAUGGAAGUGAGCCCCAAUGAGCUGAUGAACAUUUUAAACAAGAUCAUCAGCAAACACGACGACCUGAAGACUGAUGGUUUCAGCAUUGAGUCCUGCAGGAGUAUGGUGGCUGUUAUGGAUAGUGACAGCACAGGAAAACUGGGCUUCCAUGAGUUUAAAUACCUGUGGAACAACAUCAAGAAAUGGCAGGGCAUCUAUAAGUCCCACGACACCGACCGCUCCGGUGUGAUUGGCUCUGGAGAGCUUCCCCAAGCCUUCAAGGCUGCUGGUUUCCCUCUGAAUGAUCAGCUCUUCCAGCUGAUUAUCCGUCGCUAUAGCGAUGAGCACGGCGACCUGGACUUUGACAAUUUCAUCGGCUGCCUGGUGCGACUGGACGCCAUGUGUCGAGCCUUUAAGACUCUGGACAAGGAUAACAACGGCUCCAUCAACCUGGACAUUAAAGAGUGGCUUCAGCUGACGAUGUAUUCGUGAACGGAAGGAUUCUACACCAAACUCUUCCCUCAUCUCAUCUCAUCUCUUCUCAUCUCAUCUCUUCUCUUGUCAUCUCCCCCUCAUUCUCUCUGUCAGGCGUCCGUAUUAGAUGUAUGUAUGUUAACUGCUGUUUUAAAGCCCCCUGGCUGACGUUAAAGGGACCACAAAGCCAUAUGUCAGUAGGCAAAGACGAGGACCAAACACUAAUGGAACUGCUGUUGCACGGCGUGGCCGCCAGAUGGCGCAGCUGCGGCGCGGACGACAACAGCCGGCGCCGGCGUUACUUUUCCAAGUUACUUCGGCUCAUUGCUUCAGCAGCAGCUUUACAUAUUCUUAACUUUAAUGACGAUGAAACUGGUUACGUUUACUAUCCAUGUAUCGCUCCUAAUAAAGAGACCGGAAGUCG